UUAUAUCAUGGUAAGACUUUAAGACCGGGACGCCCGGCAUUAUCUUCAGUUUGUGGCCGCUGAUUGUUUUUUUAAUUUAGUGACAAUGGCGAUAGCUUACUUGAUAUAUCUAUGCUGUGCGUCAUCGUUUCUCAUUGUGGAUUGUCAAAAAUCGAUUAAACUCCAUUCCUACGAUUCCCUGAUUUCCCAUCUCGCCAACGGAUCAGACGUCCGGUAUUUCUUUGACACUUCCGGUUGCGCGCCACAUACUGUGAGGUCAAGGGGAGACAACCCGGUGUUUGGUGGCACGGUCAGUUUGUUUGGCGUCAUCAAAGACACCGGACAAGGCACGGGAGUAACAUUUUUCAGCCAUGUACGAUACAUAGACGAGAAUCCCAAGGAUUUAAACGAAGAAAUACAGUCGAUGUGGAUUACCAAUGACGUGGCCGAGAUAUUCUGGGGAAAACCUGGCUUCUUUGUAAACAAUACUGAUGGCGUAGAUGGGAUAUUUUGUAACUGGACAAGAGGAGAGGGGAAUAUAUGGGUAAAACAACAUUCGGAACAAAAGCAGCUGACGUCAUUCAGUGAUAUUCAGACCAUGCUGACUUCCGGUGAAGACAUUCGGUGGGUGGUGAAUUUAGGAGGCUGUAAAUGUUCGCCAGAUUCCGGUAAAUGUCAGGAAGGGUCAUUUGGAGACACUGUAAGAGAUUUCAAAAUUCAUCAGAACGGUUCUAUAAGUUUCUCUUCCUCCAUGACGGCGAUUAUUCCUCUUUCCUGGCGGUAUGUCCGGUUUAUCGCUUUCGGACACAUUUACCAAAACAACACGGCCAGUUUUAUGGUGUCCGAGUUAGACCCCACAACAUGGGAUAAUGGCGGUAACUUCAUGGUAUCCUGUCCAAUAGCCUCAACCUCCACCACAACAGGAGCUAAAUUUUACAUCAACAAUGAAUAAAAAGUCUGGAGAAAU